AUGAAGUUGUCUCAAGCUAUCUUGCCCAUCUUCAUGCUGGGAGCUGUUGCUUCCCCUGUUCCGGUCAAGAACGGGCCUCUUCAUGGGGACACGGCUAUGGCUCGCCGUGCUGAGGCUAAUGCUCUCCACGGUGAUACCGCCAUGUCUCGUCGUGCUGAGGCUAAUGCCCUGCAUGGAGACACUGCUAUGGCUCGACGAGCUGAGGCCAAUGCCCUUCACGGUGACACUGCCAUGUCUCGUCGUGCUGAAGCCAACGCUCUCCACGGUGAUACGGCUAUGGCUCGAAGAGCUGAGGCUAACGCUCUGCAUGGCGAUACCGCUAUGGCUCGUCGUGCUGAAGCCAACGCCCUUCAUGGUGACACUGCUAUGGCUCGCAGUGUUGAGACCGACCUGCACGGCGACACUGCCAUGUCUCGUCGGGCUGAGGCCAAUGCUCUCCAUGGAGAUACCGCCAUGGCCCGCCGAGCGGAGGCUAAUGCUCUUCAUGGUGACACUGCUAUGGCUCGCAGUGUUGAGACCGACCUGCACGGCGACACUGCCAUGUCUCGUCGGGCUGAGGCCAAUGCUCUCCAUGGAGAUACCGCCAUGGCCCGCCGAGCGGAAGCCAACGCCCUUCAUGGCGAUACCGCCAUGGCUCGCAGUGUUGAGACCGACCUGCACGGCGACACUGCCAUGUCUCGUCGUGCCGAGGCCAACGCUCUCCAUGGCGACACUGCCAUGGCUCGCCGUGCUGAGGCUAAUGCUCUUCAUGGUGACACUGCUAUGGCACGCAGUGUCGAGACUGAGCUUCACGGUGACACUGCCAUGUCACGCCGUGCCGAGGCCAAUGCUCUUCACGGAGAUACCGCUAUGGCUCGUCGUGCUGAGGCCAACGCCCUCCACGGCGACUCCUCCAUGUCAUAA